AUGUCUGAGGAAUACAUGAUCAAGCCCGAGAACGUGGCUCCUUCCAAGGAUACCUCGGAAUGGCCACUCUUGUUGAAAAACUACGACAAAUUGUUGGUUCGUCUGGGCCACUACACCCCAAUUCCUGCUGGUGCUUCUCCAUUGAAGAGAGACUUGAAGUCCUACAUCUCUUCUGGUGUUAUUAACUUGGAUAAGCCAUCCAACCCAUCGUCGCACGAAGUUGUGGCAUGGAUCAAGAGAAUCUUGCGUGUGGAAAAGACCGGUCACUCCGGUACUUUGGACCCUAAGGUCACUGGAUGUUUGAUUGUCUGUGUCGACAGAGCCACUAGAUUGGUUAAGUCGCAGCAGGGCGCUGGUAAGGAGUAUGUGUGUAUUGUUAGAUUGCACGAGGAGUUGGAUGAUGCUAAGGAGAUGGGCCGUGCUUUGGAGAACUUGACUGGUGCUUUGUUCCAGAGACCUCCAUUGAUUUCCGCUGUCAAGAGACAGUUGAGAGUUCGUACCAUUUACGACUCCAACUUGAUUGAGUUCGACAACAAGAGAGGUCUCGGAGUGUUCUGGGCCUCUUGUGAAGCCGGUACCUACAUGAGAACCUUGUGUGUUCACCUUGGUAUGUUGCUUGGAGUUGGAGGACACAUGCAAGAAUUGCGUCGUGUUAGAUCGGGAGCUAUGGGUGAGAACGACAACAUGGUCACCUUGCACGACGUCAUGGACGCCCAGUACGUCUACGACAACACCAGAGACGAGUCUUACUUGAGAAAGAUCAUCCAGCCUUUGGAGACUUUGCUUGUAGGCUACAAGAGAAUUGUGGUCAAGGACUCUGCUGUCAACUCUGUCUGUUACGGAGCCAAGUUGAUGAUUCCAGGUUUGUUGAGAUACGAGGAGGGCAUCGAGUUGUACGACGAGGUUGUGUUGAUGACCACCAAGGGUGAGGCUAUUGCCAUUGGUAUUGCUCAGAUGACCACUGUUGACUUGCAGUCGUGUGACCAUGGUGUGGUUGCCAAGGUCAAGAGAUGCAUCAUGGAGAGAGACACCUACCCAAGAAGAUGGGGUUUGGGUCCUGUUGCUCAGAAGAAGAAGCAGAUGAAGGCUGAUGGUAAGUUGGACAAGUACGGUAGAGUCAACGACAACACCCCAGAGUCCUGGAAGCUGGAAUACAAGGACCACGCUGACGAGCCAGCCCCUGCUGUUCCUGAGUCCAAGUUGGUUGCUCCAGAGAUUCAGUUGCCAAAGAAAUCCGAGGAGAAAUCCGAGGAGACUGAGGUGACCGAGAAGAAGGAGAAGAAGGAAAAGAAGGAGAAGAAGGACAAGAAGGACAAGAAGGAGAAGAAAGAGAAGAAAGAGAAGAAGAGAAAGGCUGACGACGGGGAAGAGUCAGAAAAGAAGAAGAAGAAGAAGUCUAAGGACUAA